AUGACCGGAAGACGCCUCCUUGAUAUAGCAGCCAUAUUCAAGGCUUCCCAAGGCGUUGCUGCAAAGCAUGUCGCCCUCCGCCAACACCAGUUGGACGUUUACAGCAAGACAUCCUCUCUUGCUAAAGCUGUUAAGUCACAGACUGACCGAGUCACCCUCACGGUGAAAGCUGCCUCGGUUUUGGCAGAACGUUUCAAUGGACCCGAACCCGAUUAUUCUACGCAGGCUUCGCAACCAAGAAAGUCUACCCAGGGUGCGCCCAUACCCAGUCAAGAUGGGGCUUCUGGGACAACCGAGGGAUCGGUGAAGAAGGAUGGUCUUUCCCAGGAUCAUUUCUACGAAAGACCAGACCAGAAUGCUGCUGCGGAUCCUCCACCAGAUGCUAAUCUAGGUGUGAGGCAAGAAAAGGCGAAAAGAUACCCGCUACCCGAUGGAUCAAUGCUUCCAGCAGAUACUGCUGAAGUGCCAGAGCGAGAUAAAGACUCAUACAACGAGUUGCCGCAAACAGAACCCGCGAAAGCCCCGUUAGCUGAUGGAAGAGAGGAGACAGACGAGGGCCUACAGCCCACUCUAUCAGGCAGAACGAGUAUUCCAAAUCCUACAAAGGGAACAGAUCCUGUGAUCGCUGAGAAAUCUAAAACCCUACAACGGCAGGCAGAAAAGCGGACCCUAUUUCAGGCCGUUGAGCUUUCACCUCCCGCCCAUUCUGAGGAGCUAGAUUUGAAAGCAGAUCAAGAUUGGGAUGUCUUCUACACGCCUUUGUCAUCAGAUGGACAGGUACAUUCAGCUCUGCCGCGUGUCACAGUGCCAAAGGAUACGGAAGACGCCCAAGAAAGUGAUAAGCAUGUCUCUGAUGCUCAAAUCAAUCAAGAUGUCUUCUCCUCUGCAUCUUCUAAAAUGGAAGAACGGCCCGUUCCGCAAGCACAAGCUGUUCCAGAGCAAGAGCAACUUUCCGACGAAGCGUACACCGAGUUGUUUCACAGUCCAAGGGUAGCUAGGAUGUUGGGUGGUCACCCCAAGCCGAGCAAGCCUCUACAUGAGAAGGACCAGGUCUCAUCCAGUGUUCGGACAUCAGGACAAGAGAGUCAAGACGGAGCUCAAAAUCCGCCAGCCGGGAUCGUAGAUUCAACGCCUUCUCAAGCCAAGAGCAGCGAGGAUAUGCACGACCUAAUCACAGACAUGGCCGAAGACGCGGAAGCCAGGUCCGCGGAUCCGUCUCAGCUACCAACAGACCUUGAACCAGGUCCAACAAAACCUCCAUACAAGAUGCAAGAAUCUCGGGUGCCGUCUUCUCGGUUUGGCAGAUUUUGGCAAUACGGAGGUCUAGCCACGUCCAUGGCUUUUGGGGCAGUUGGCGAAAGCCUCCGUCGCGCUACAGGAGGCAGUGGUGAUGCUGUUGGGUCUUUGAUGCUCAGCGCUGGCAAUAUGGAAAGACUCGUGGCCAAGCUAUCCAGGAUGCGAGGUGCGGCCCUGAAAUUGGGGCAGAUGAUGAGCUUUCAAGAUUCGAGAAUGCUGCCAGGACCGAUCAACGAAGUUUUGCAACGAGUCCAAGACAGCGCCGACUACAUGCCCGCAUCUCAACGUAACAAAGUUCUUGCAAGUAACCUCGGCGCAGAUUGGCGCGAUCUCUUCUCCUCUUUCGACGAAAAGCCUCUAGCAGCCGCAUCCAUUGGCCAAGUCCACAGCGCUAUUCUGAAAUCCUCAGGCCAGCGUGUCGCAGUGAAGGUCCAAUACCCAGGCGUCGCCGACUCCAUCGAUAGCGACCUCUCGAACCUCUCCAUACUUCUCACCGCGUCCCGCCUUCUCCCCAAAGGCCUCUUCCUAGACAAGACGAUUGCGAACGCCCGAACCGAACUAGCCUGGGAAUGCGAUUACGUCCGCGAAGCCGAGAUGGGCGAACGCUUUCGUGGUCUUCUCGCUGAUGAAGAAGAUGUAUUCCACGUACCAACUAUCAUAUCCGAAGCCUCUGGCCCACAAGUCCUAACCGCAGAAUUCCUCCACGGCACCGGUGUAACCAAAGUCCAAAACUUCACUCAAGAGCAACGAGACUGGAUCGGCACCCAGAUACUACGUCUCUGCCUGCGCGAGAUCACAGAGUUCAGGUUCAUGCAGACCGAUCCCAAUUGGACAAAUUUCCUCUACAACGCCUCAACUCACAAACUCGAGCUCCUUGAUUUCGGAGCCAGCCGAGAAUUUCCGGACCAUUUCAUAGAGCCCUACAUCCGCACCCUGCUCGCUGCUUCUCGCUGCGACCGCGCUGCCGUCCGCGACUUGAGCAUUCAAUUGGGGUAUUUGACGGGGCAUGAAAGUCAGGCUAUGCUCAACGCGCAUGUCGGUUCCGUAUUGACGCUUGCGGAACCGUUCGCCGAGAAUGCAGCAGAGGUCUACGAUUUUCGGGAUCAGACGAUUACGGAUAGGGUGAGGGGGUUCAUACCCGUGAUGGUAAGGGAAAGGCUGGCGCCACCACCGGAGGAGACGUAUAGUUUGCAUCGGAAACUGAGUGGGGCUUUUUUGCUGUGUGCAAAAUUGGGGGCUAGAGUUCGAUGUCGAGAGAUGUUUGCAAACGCCAUGAGCUCUGCUCAUAUCGAAUAA